GAACCCAAUUCUCCACUCUUCUCUCCUCUCUCUCCCUCUCCAUUUCCUGAACUCCCUCCGGCCAGGAUGGCCCAGAGAUCCCGGCCGGCGAUCCGGAAGCUACCGGACCCGAUACACGCCGGAGACCGGCCGCUUUGGCCCGCCGACGUGUCCCCAAGCCCACUGGAGCGCAACCCGCUCUCGCCUAAGGGGUGGAAGAAUCGGGAGUCGGAAGGCAUUGGGCUGGGCAUCGUGGCGGCCCUCGAGAAGGCCGGCGGCGAGGUUUCGAAGAAGCUCGUCGUGGGUGCGCCUAAUUUCCACGCGACGGCGCCGAUAAUGAUUAAUUCUCCGAGGACCGCCGGAAGACAUAGAUCGUGUGUAGAUGUUCCCGAAUUGAGAUGCGGUGGAAGCUGCGCAACCACUACGAGUGGCUGCUGCGGUGAUGGGGCUAAAGUUGUUCAGGAUUUGAGAUGGAGGGAGCUGGGUCACUUUUACGGGUCGACUAAGAGGGUUCCUGAAGAAGCACCGGCGUUUCAUAUGGCUGAUUUCCUUAGCUAUUGCUACUUGUGCAGGAAGAGGCUUCAUGGCAAAGAUAUAUACAUGUACAGAGGGGAGAAGGCAUUUUGUAGCAUGGAGUGCCGGUACCGGCAAAUCGUAAGCGACGAGUACCAGGAGAAAUGUGGAUCAGAAGUUUCGAAGCCAUCGGAUCAUGUCUCGAGCUCACCGUACUCUGGUGGCCAGCUCUUCUUUACAGGCAUCGUGGCGGCCUAGCACUUGAACCCAUCAUCGACCGUUGAGAGUGGUUGAUGAUUGAGAGGAAGGCAUCGAAGAGCAUGAGAAUUGGCAGCUAUACAUGGUAGAUGACGAGGUGUGAUAGGAUCGGCAUAGCAAAAUUUUGGCAGCAUGAGCUUUGGAGUGUGAUCUGUAUUUGGGGUUGAAGAAAAUAAUAAUAAUAAUAAUAAUAAUGCUCUGAAAUUUUCUUCCUCGAAGGUUUGGGAAGGUGAUUUGCCACAAAUCUUCUUGUUUGAUAUUCGAGGAUCAUGUUAUACCUUCAUGAAUGAAUAUAAAUGCAUCACAUAACUUAGAAGAGGG